AUGAUUCUCUCUAUUAGCACUCUCAUCAUUCGAAAGCUCAAGUCUCUCAACCUUGCUACAAAGCUCUUUCUAUGUCUUCUAGUUGUGUUCUAUCUAUCACUGGGUGUCUUGGUCAUUAUUAUCUCGCCAGCUCGUAUUGCACAAUACCUCUAUGACCAGGCUCACAUUCUCGCUGAAGCUCCCUUUGGCUCCCUAGCUCUCGCUCUUGCCAUUGGUCUGUAUACGUACCUACGUCUUAUAACUGCAACUCACAUCCAUUCAAUAGUGUGCAUAUCCUUUCCUCCUCUCAUUGGUCAUACCACCCUCGUAACAUUGUGCGGUUUCGCCUACGGCCUCAAUGGUAUCUACAUCGCCGCAGGUGUCUCUAUAGUCGGCUCUGCUCUUGUCUUUGUUGUCCUCCGAUUCCUAUUCAGUGCUCGACUACGCGCAUGGUCAGGUCACAAUCAAAAGUGGCAGGCUUUGGAGUCCGUUGUCAGAGCAAAAGGUCUACCCCUCGUCGUCCUCAUCCGCAUAUCUCCCUUUCCUCCUUGGGUCUACUCCAACUCUUUGUUUGCAUCCAUUGAAGCCGUCAAACUUUGGCAGUUUGUAAUCGCUACGUUCUGCAUCAUUCCAAAGCUCCUCCUUCAUACCUUUAUUGGUUCAAAGAUUGCUCAACUUUCGGACGGCGACCAACGAGGUCGCAUGGACACACAUACAAAAGUCAUCAAUGGCCUCCUUGUUGGCGGCGGCAUCCUAAUUGCCAUCUUCACUAGCUGGCUGGUAUACAACCUAGUGCAGAAUCAUAUUCGACAUUUAGAAGGCAUUUCACCCGACGUAGACGAACUGGCCGCGGAAGCCAUUGAAGAUUUCGACGAGGAGGAUCCGUUGAUCUCCCAUGCUUAG